AUGGAUCGUGAGGACUUUAGGGCUUUCAGCGUGUUUCUGCAGAGGUGGGAGGCGUUCGCAGCUGAGUGGGUUGGUUUGCCUCGGGAGAAGCUGUGGGUGAACUUCCUGGCAAACAACCAGGAGGCAGCUGAGCAGUUUGGGUUUGAAGUAAACCCUGCUGACCAUUGGCCGCUGUCACAGAGUGGGUGCCUCACGGAUUGCGUCAUCUGUGACGCCUCGGAGGAAGACGAGGCGUUCGCAGAGUUUGAAGUCGCAGACCGGGUGGACACAGCGCGAGUUGCCGAUGCGCGCAUUGUCCGAGACCCAAGGACCCAGGAGUCGCGCGGCUUCGGCUUCAUCACCAUGGCCACGCGUGAAGACGCUGACGCUGUUGUCAGGAGGGUCAACGGCAAAGCCUUUGAGGGACGGCUGCUCACUGUUGAGAAGUUUCCAAGCUCAAAAUGGCCCCUUUUACAAGCCUCCCCCAAGGGAGCGGCCCCCCCUCGUCCCAUCCCCUCUGCGCCAUCGUUUUCACUGCUAGAGGCGAUUGCAGAGAAGGCGUCGGUGGGUGCACAGCAUCGUUGGGUGGCGCUGUGGCACGUGUGCAGGCGACUUAGGUGGUUGGUUCUCAUCGGAGAGGAUCCGCCGGAGGACGUGGUGAGCGAGGAACGGGAGGCCUGGGUUCGGUGGCCUGGUUGCAGGAGUACGGAAGGGGCGAACGGGGAGAGUGAGGGCUCAGGCGGGGAGGAGCAAGGCGCGGAAGCGGCGCAGGCAAGCCAGGGGGGCUGGUGGGAGGAGGAAGAGGCGGAGAUGGCGUCGGGUGCGGGCCUGGAGGGGCGUCAGAGGUUUUCUGGCAAAAGGGGUGAGGGACUCACCUUGAAGCAGUUUGAGGUGAUGGUCAAGGGAAGCCUGCAGGAUCGUUUCAAAAAGCUGCAGAAGGACGUGGGAAACCCGGUGGAAGGGGUCGAGUUCAACGGGAGAUAUUGCAUCUAUCUCGGGGAGUUUCUCGACAACCCCGCGAAGCUGGCGCACGAGCGGGAGUAUGAGGAGCAUUGCAAAGAGCUGGACCCGGUGGGGGCGCUGUUGACUUCGCUCAAGCGCCACUUCGAGGAUCGUAAGGAGGGCAAGGUGCAGGAAUGGGUGCAGUUCCGGCGUGAGCCCGGGGAGGAGCUCCCGUCGCUGCUGUUUAGGCUGAAGGGUUUGGCGGAGGACUUGGACAAGCAAGACGCAGACCAGGAGCUUGUCACCAAGUUCGUGACCAGCUUGGACAGGCGGUUUGCUGAGCAGGCCAGCUCGCAGGCGAUGGCUGCGACCAAGGAGCCGGGGGGUGCUUAUACGCUAGACGAGGCGUACGAAGCGGCGCUGAGGGUCCAGUCCAUCAACUCUCGGCUGCGAAUCGCGCGCGAGCUUGCUCCGAAGGCGGUGGAAGCGACCAGGGCGCAGUGGGGGCGGAAGCCGGCGGUGGCAGCGCACGCAGCGGUGGUACCUGCGGCACCGCAGCUGGGAGCAGCAGCACCGGCGGCAGAGGGAGGAUCGGGGGCAUGUCACAACUGCGGUGAGGUGGGACACUACCGCAACGGGUGUCCGCACCCGCGGCGUAACAGCUCGGGGAGGGGCCAAGCAGCAGGAGGGAGGGGAGGCGGCGGCCGCGGCCCCCGUGCUUGUUUUGUGUGCGGGGAAACCACUCAUCUCGCUGCGCAGUGUGCUAAGCGGGCGGCGCCGGCUGUGGCAGCAACGGCACCUAGCGCAGGGGGAGGCAUCGACGCAGAGGAGUUCAAGGCCUUCCAGGAGUGGCGGGCCAUGUCUCAGGCGGCGCUGGCGGUACGGGCGGAGAUCGAGGAGGAGGAUGAUGACUGCGGGUGGGAUGAGCUAGAGUACGGGCUGGGGGCCGUGGCGCUUCCCUUGCCCCAACGGAGCGGGCCCGCAGUGGCGAUGGCGGCAGCAGGCACGCGGGCCGGCGCGGAGAAGGCAAGAGCAACGAGAGCGGCGCGGGGUAAGCCGGCAACGGGGGGGGGUGUCUUGUCUCCACCGCAGCGUGCAGGGAAGGCCACGGUGGAGGCUGUGGGGACGGUUCAAAUUGCUCAGCCGGUGGACCUCGCUGCGGUGGAGUCGCUCAAAGCGCGCAGGGACAAGGCGGCCGCCAAGGAGCGGCUCGCCAGGCUGCCAGACCACGGCCGCCACGUGGCGCCACAAGGCCUCAACCGUCUGCCCAAGGGGUUUGCGGUCCAGGGGGGUGCAGCGCCGGGAAGAGCAGCGGAGGGGCUGGGCAGAGUGGCCGGCGCGGCAGGAUUCUCUGCGGCAAAAGGAAGCUCGGAGGCGGAAGUAGUGCAACAGGCUGGGACCACGAGCGGGGGGUGGACAGGGCCCGUUCAGGAGCCGGGGCCAGCACUCAAGGGGGUGGUGACGGUGGAGCUGGGCGCCCUCCUUGCCUUGGCAGAACGGGCAGGGCUUGACUUGGCCGCAGUCAUUGAGAUGACAGCGCCAGGUGGGGCACGCUCGGUCCCGCGAAUCGGAGGGACAAGUGGGGCUGCGGGGGUUGCGGUCGCUGUGCUGUCCCCCAUUGCAGAAAAAGCACGUCGCGCACGGAAAGCAAGCCUGGCGGAGCGCAGUGAGGGGCUAGCAGGGCAGGCCCCACAGACCGUGAGCUGGGCGCAGGUCGUGGGAGAGAAGGGUAGGCAGCGGGCCAGCCUCCCGAAGGAUCAGCCAGAGAGCUCGCGCAUGGCGGAAGAGAGGGCGAGAGGAGGCCGUGUGGCGGCAGACGCGCAGGUGGCGCGCGAGCUGGCAAGAGCAGAGGAAGAAGGAGCGCGGAGGGCAAGGGAGGAGCAGGCGGUUGCCACCAGUCGUGAUGCGGAGCUUGCUAUGGAGCUGGUUGCGCGAGAGGCGCAGGAGCGGGGGGUGGACCGGGAGGAGGUGCUGGCGGCACAAGAAAUGGGCCCGGGUCCAGUGGUGCAGGAGAGAGCGACGGCGGAGGCCCCGGUGCUGGGAAAGGGGAAGCAGCGGGAGGGAUCCCCCGCUGGUCUGAAAGAGGACCUGGAGCGUGGGUUGGCGUGGGAGCGGAAGCUGGGAUCGGGACAGUGGCGGGGAGCUGAGCAGGUGGCUGAUGUAACUCUUCAGGCAACUGAGGAGACGGGCGCCAAGCAGCUGGUGGACGCUGCCUACGCCCACACCAAGGCAAUGGCCUGUUUCGCAGAGGGGCAGCCCAUGGUCAGUCCGGAGCAGAGGGGGACAGUCGAGAAGAGUCCCGACUGGGUGGAUAAUGCGCAGCGGGCGGUUCAGGUGGUGACCCCGCGCGGGUUGGUGGCGCCACACAGGGUCCUCAUAGACGGCGGCAACUUUUACUCCAUGGCGGGAGCAAAGCUAAAGGCGCAACUGGGGCUGCGCCAAAAGGACAUGGACGCGGUGGGGCAUCGCGUCCACACUGCAACCGGGAGGAUUGAGGCGCUGCAGGGGGGGCUAACCAAGAGGCCGGUGCCGAUUGUCCUUAAUGCGGGGACGCCGGAGGAGCUAACCCUCUACGAGAGGCUCGCCAUCACCGACUCCACCGGGUAUGACCUGCUCGUGGGCACGAGGGCUGCCUACCCUCCUGGCCUGUCGGUGGACAGGUGGCAGGAGAAGGCAGUGUACAGGGCUGAUUGGGAGGGGGCAGGGCAGAAGCUGGGUGUUCUGCCCAUGCGUCUGCACCGGACCCGCGCGGCGUCCACAGCAAGAGCAGGCCAGCGCAGCCAGGCAAGUGCAGCGCUGGCGUGCUGCCUCACAAGGUGA